GUUUUAGAAUGGCAGAAUCCAGAGCUUAAUUUGAGAGUGAACUAAAGAAAAAACUGAGUCUUAAAUCCCCCCAUGAAGAACAAACACUAUUAAAAUCAUUUUAAUAUUAUGACUUGAAAUAAUCAAAUAUUGUUAAUUAAUAACAAUUUGAAGCCGUAUUAGAAAAGGUUGGUAUCACACUUCCAAAAGAUGUAUAUCAUUUUAAUAUUCAAUAGUAAAUUGCUUCUUUAUUCAAAUAUUAUCAGUAAAAUGGUUAAUUGAAUUACAAGAAUUUUAUAUCAAGAGUUUAUUAAUCACCAGAAUCAGCUGUAUUUUACUUUUAAAAAAAAAUGUGGGAAAAUGGGUUAGACAUGUUUUUUGAUUGGCUUGAUCAAUUGCAUUCUAAAGAGUAUAAUUAUGCACAAUUUAAAUACUUAUUUUAUUAAUAUCCUGAAGAAAAAAUUAGAGGUUUAUUUUAAUAUUUCAAUUAAAAUAAUCUUGUUAAAAUUGAAGAGGUAGUAGAAGCAUUUAGAGGAGUUGUUAAACCAAGUGGUUUUAAAGUUGACUCUUUUAAUAUGGAUUAAAUAAUUGAAAUGUUUAAAGGUGAUAAGACAAAAAUUAGAAAAUAUUUAUAAAGUUAUAUGAAAUUCAAGAAUAUAAAAUUGUUAUCCUAAAAUUAAUUUGAUGAAUUUAAUCACAUUCUAGAACUAGGAAAUAUCAAAGCUUAAUGGUUAGGAGAAAGAAGCACUAUUUAUACUCCAAUAAGAAAAUUAGAUUUUAAUGAAGUAGAUUUGACUGAAUUAAGAAAAGCACUUGUUAAAAAAGGUCCAAAAGCUCUUAUUAAUUUAAAAAAACUGUUGAUUUAAGCAGAUGAUGAUCAAGAUGGUUAUUUGACUGAAAAAUAAGUUUAAAAAGUUUUGAGAGAUUACAGAUUUCCAUAAUAAAUAGGAGGAGUAAAUAUUCAAGAUUUCUUUAUUGAAUUGCUAGGACCUUUUGACUAAACAAAUCUUGUUAAAUAAAUAUUUGAAUAAAUGGACAUUGAUAUGGAUGGUAUUAUUCCAUAUUAAUUAUUAAAAUAAUGUUAUCAAGCUAGAAAUCAUCCUGAUGUUAAAAAACAAUUAAAAAGUGAAACUGAAUAACUUGCUGAAUUUUUGGAUUCUUAUGAUGCUCAUCAUAAAAUGGGAAGUAAAAGUGUUACAUUCUCAGAAUUCUAUGAAUAUUGUCAUAUUCUUUACGCUUGUUAAUCUGAAUAAUUUGAAAACAAUUUGAUCAAUGUUUUUACUUAUGUGAGACCACCUUAAUAAUAAAUUACUAGUGUAGCUUAAUAUGCACCAUUUGGUACAAGUGCUGAAAAAACUGAUUACAGCACUGCAUUAAGACCAUUAAGUAGUUAAUAAAAUUAAAAAUAAUAAAAUAUUAUUCCUGCUGGAUUAACUUAUGCCCAAUAAUAAUUAUAAAAAAUUGAUAAUGUAAUAGAGAAAUUAAAAUUAAAAGGAUAUAGAGGAAUUAUAUAUAUGUUAAGAAAUGUUACUAGAUAUGAUGCAUAAGGGAUAUAUAAUGCUUUCAAUUCAAUAAGAAUUUAAGUCAAUCAGUAAUAUAUUCGAUAACUUUUAAAUCAAAGUAUCUUAUAUCACAAUAAUUUUAUAGAAAAUGAAAUUUCCAUGAAAAUCUUCCUAGAAAAGAUUUUAGGGGAAUUCUAAAAUUGGAGAUUAAAUCUAGUACAAAUGGCUUACAGAAAAUUACAAUCAACUAAUUUUGAAGAAAUGAAAAGUAUUAAAUGUUAUAUAUCUUUAGAAAAUUUUCUCGCUAGACCUAGACAAAGAAUGUCUGAUGAUGAAGUUUUGAUAGAUUUCUUAGAUACUUUUAAUAGUCAUCAUUAAUUGUUUAAUUCAAACAAUGUAACAUAAGAAGAAUUUGAACAAUAUUAUCAUAUAAUGAGUUUUUGUGUAACUGAUGAUAGAGAAUUUGAAGUUGCUGUAAAAAGUGGUUGGAUGAUUUGA